AUGGCGGUCGAUAUGUCCGCGAUCCAGGCCAUGCUCGAUGCCCAGCUUGUGAAGAUCGAGAAAACCAUAGAUGAUAAACUCGAGGCGAAGGUCUCGGAAUUAGCGGCCACUGUUGGAGUCCAAGGUCAGAUGCUGAAAGAGAUCACCGACCGCUUAGAGAAGUCAGAGACCCGUCUCAACGCCAUGGAACAUAUGGCUCAG